CAUCGGUAAACGAUUCUUCAUUCUAUAAAUAAAGAUGCGAAUGAAUGGCUCCGUUUAUUAGUUUCCGUAAAGCCUAAAAGUUGACGGUAAAUACAACAAAGCAAAAUGAAAGUCUUUGUGGCGGUUAGUGCACUCCUUCUUGUCGUUUUGGCCGAAGAGCAUGAACAUCAUGGAGACGUACAUGGCAUAGGCCAUGUUCACAAGGGAUGCCAAGACAAUCCCGAAACACAUGUAGAUGACGAAGUCUUCAAAAAACUUCUCAAGAACGAACACGUAGACCUGCCAGAUAACUUUGGAAAACACGUGCUGUGCAUGAACAAGGGACUCAAUAUCAUCACCAGCGAUGGGCAGGUCAACAAGGAGGGAAUUAAAACUCACAUUCAGCAUGUUAUUCAGGACGAGGCUAAAGUAGAAAGCAUUUUGAACGAAUGCUCCGUGGCCAAAGAUAACUUAGAAGAAACCGCAUUAAGUAUCGAUGCUUGUUUGAGAAAGAACCAUGUUUUUAAAAGCGAACAUUUAAAAUCUCACGAUCACGGUCAUCAUCAUUAAACUAUUUUAUUUGUAAAAUAUUAAAUUUUUGUUUGUGA